AUGCAAUCGUAUUUCCUCAUCGCUUUAAUGGUUAUCUUGGCUUUGUGCUCGGUCUCGGUUGAUGCCUGGGGAAUGUGGGGUAUGCGCCGACCGUGGGGAAUGGGUUAUGGAAGGGGAAUGGGAAUGGGAUACGGCAUGGGAUACGGCAUGGGUGGAAUGGGCUAUGGAUAUCCAUCUUAUGGAUAUGGAUAUGGACGU